UGUUCAUUAUUGGAUCAAGUCAGUGUCAUGUAUUUUAUAAUAACUGAGGAAUUUUUGAAGGAUGUCCCGAAUUUAUGCCAUAGCAGACAUUCACACAGACCACAAGGACAACGUGAAGCAUGUGAAGAGCUGGAAAAGGGAAAGAUAUGGCAAUGACACGUUGAUUUUAGCUGGUGAUGUCACGGAUUCGAUCUCGCUGCUGGAAGAAACGUUAUAUGAGCUCACUCAAACUUUUCAGCAAGUUUUUUUCGUACCAGGCAAUCAUGAACUCUGGGUAAAGAGUGGCAAGGAGAAGAACUCCUUCCAAAAGUUCCAUGAAAUCCGGCGCUUGUGUGACCGUUUGGGUGUGAAGACUCGCCCUGGCCGUGUAGCUGUGCUCGAAGGACAGGAUGUCAUGGUGGUGCCCUUGUUCUCGUGGUAUACCACCCCAGAGGAAGAUAGCAUGGACACAUUGUAUGUCCGCCACCCCUCAGUCAGUGAAGAUGUGGCCACCAUGAACUUGAUGUGGAUGGACAACCACAACUGCGUGUGGCCAACUUUGUACGACUCCUACCCAGCUCAAUAUUUCUGCGAGCUCAAUGAAGACGCUGUGGCCAGCUCUUACGAUAUCCCUGUGAUAUCCUUCAGUCAUUUUAUGCCCAGAUCUGACCUCAUCCUUCCGUCAGAGAAGGAAAAUGCUGCUGUAAUCAUGGAGCGCACAAGCAUGGGUCUGGAGCCGUCUCUACCACAGAACCAAGGUGCUCCAAGGUUUUUUAACUUCAGUCGUUUUGCCGGCUGCAAACAGUUAGAUGUUCAGAUUCGUCAGUUAGGAUCAGUCAUUCACUUCCAUGGCCACCAGCACAGGAACAGAGACCGUGUGAUUGAUGGUGUAAGGUAUAUCUCCCACAGCCUGGGCUACAAACGGGAGCGGGACGAGGGGCUUUUAUGGGGAAUGUCACACUGGGGCGGCCCUCGCCAGAUAUGGCCCCUUGCGAAGUCUGACAAACCGUCUAAUGGAGACACUGCCAUUAACAAAGAACCAGAGAUAUCAUAAGGUGCCCAAAAUGUGGUGUGAGAUUUGUGCCACAGUAAUGAUUUCUUGUUUUCAGUUUUGUACUGUGAAAGGCAUUUCAGUAAGGUAGACAGGACUUGUCUUUUAUAUUUUAAGUGCUUUUUAGAAGCAGUUUUACCUGUCACCACUGCCUUAUAUGGAAAGUAUAAUACAUGUAAAUGUGAUUCAAGACAUUUGUGAUCAAAUACUUCAGUCUUUGAAAAAAGGCAAUUUUUAUAGUAGACUGUUCAAAGAAGUAAUAAUUCAGUUAUUUUUAGAAAAAAUUGAACAGCACAAAUCUAAACCAAUUUUUGUUAUUAUUUUAGAAUAGCCCUAAUAAUUACCUUUCACAAUAUAUCAAUGUGCACGUUCAAAAUCUGAAUUAAAAGUUCUAAAAAUUUUCUAAAGCAGGUCAUAUUAUAAAUUUUUCAAACUUAAUCGAUUUAACACUAAAUGGUACCAGUAUGAGUCUGAUAUUUACUGAAAGGCAAUAAUUUGAGCUAUUCUUGGCAAAUACAUAAAUUUUAUUUGAUUAGCGAAUUCGAUUUUUUUCCAAAACACUCCAUACAUUCUUGUUUAAAAAAAAAUACACUUUAUGAUUUUCAAGGUUCAACUUGACAUGAUAAGUUUUAUGGCUAUUUUUGUAGUUCUAGAUUAUCUCCCUUUACAUUCUUUCUCUUGCUCACAUUGGAGUGCGGUGUCGCAAAGACACGAAGAAAUUCACCUGACCAAACAUGUGCGUGACGCCUGGCCAAAUCUAUUUGUCACACCUGGCCAUGGCUAAGUCUCUGUGUUGCUAAACCUGUGUGACAAAUGUGGCCAAAGCAAAGUGUCGCAUGUGGUCCAACCCUAUACUCCUUAAAGCGCAGGCAUUGGUUUCUACCUUUGCUUUACAUCACUGCCAUCACUGCCAUUUUUACAGAAAUUUUUAACAACGCUGAGGUCACAUCGGUCAAAUGUGACAAAUCUGAUUUGAUCAUCCGUAGUUAUCACAAAACACUCAGCAGUUUGUCACUGUUGAAUAGCUUGCAUGGAAGCAGAGGCAUAGUUGGUGCUCCAUUGUUCUGACCGCUGUACAAAGCACUCGCCAUGCAUUUGUUAUUGACAGUAUUCACAACCUACGUCUGUGGUCAGAGUUGUCAACAAUCAGCUGUGAAUUGAAGCUGUCUUGAAGACCUGGCACGAAGCGAUUUUACACUUAAGUCAAAAUUUCAGAUGGCUUUAAAAUAGUUAUUUCCUGCGGAGCAAGGGCAAAAUAUUUGCUUGACAAUGUAAAUUUAGCAAAAUCAUUGCAUAACAAAUUUCAACCAAAAUAACGGAAAGGAACGUACCAAGUUUAAUGAUAGAAUUAUGAGUCUAAGAUUGGGUCGUGAUCCCGGGACUAGGCGCCUGUUCAUUGUAUUGGUGCUAAAUCAUUCCAAAUUACUGUCUCAAAAUAGGUUUUUUCAUGUUUCUUUUUUUUUAACAAGAAAACUUCGUGUACAUGUACAUUUUAUCAUUUGUGUGAGGAAUAUUUUACUGUGUCUAGAAUCAGAGUGGACGUGAAUUUAUAUCCACGUCUUUAAUUACAUUAAAUGGACAAGUAAGUAAGAUUUGCUGCUAAAAUUAGUCCGCUGAUGAAAUUCCAGCAGCUCUUAUAGUAGAAUAUAUUUCUUCAUAAUUUAGAGGUUUCUCAAGAAAGUAUGCUGUCGCUAAAUACAAGAGUCAUAAUUGUUCAAAGUUAACUGAUGCACAAGUAGUGUAUCUCCAAAAAACGAAAGCCUCAAGUGGCCAUCUAAUGUCAGAUGGCAAAGCAAAAUGCUGAAUUGAGUAUUGAGCAUUGAGCAUAAUGUGUCAAAAUGAAGCUAUAAUUUUUCGGACUAACUCUACCUCUAUUUUACGCGAAACUUGUCUACGGAUUUACUAGGCUGUUCAAAAGGAUGUUAGCCAUUAAGCCUGGGUUAAAUCCACAAAUCCUUAGUUAACUUUUAACCUGGGUGACAUUUACGUUGUUAAUAGCAGUGUUGGCGCUAACAUCCCGACCCUUGAUUUUAAAUUACACUAGUCUAGACCUAUAUAUGUGUGUAUAUGUAUACGUGUAUGUGUCAUACUCAAGCGCUUUAACAUCUCAUCAAUAGGGACAUACGUUAACUUUCAGUAUGCUCGUUGUUGUUCCAUGAAAUGUAAAUGCUAUCACUCACUUACACUACUUGUAUUUCUUGAUUUCUUUGUUUGCUGUUUAACCUUGGCCGAGGUGGUUAGCGUGCCCGCGCGGCACAAUGAUUGACCCAUGCUGGAGCCCCUCACCAAUGAGUUCAAGUCCAGCUCAUGAAGCAGCAUGCGCUAUUAUCACAAUCACUAUACCGAACUGUCAUUGGGCAUGGUACAAAACAUAGUUUGUAAGGGUUGAAAUUAACAAGUAUAAAGUUAUCAUUUGCAAUGUAAAACAUAA